UCGAAGUGAAGUGCACAAGUGAGCUGAGAAUGUGAAGUGUUGUGCUAGUGAAGUGACAUAAACGGAAUAUUGACUUUUUCACGUUGGAGAGGAUUAUUGGUCAAGCUGGCACCAUGAAGCGAUCUCGGCACAGAUGGCUCGGAUGUAGCAUAUUUUGUGUCACAGUAGCGGUGCUAUCCCUGGACAUCCCCACCACCUCAGCGGCGAGGGCGACGUCUCUCAUCUUUGCCAAGACCUCCACAACCACAGCGGCCCCUGACGACCCGAGCGCCCCGGAAGAUGACGAUAAGAUAGAAACAACAGCGGAAGGAGGGGAGACUAACACCACGAGAAAGCUCACAGGGAUGCCCCAAAUAGACUACAUUUACGACCCCAACCUCCCCCGAGAAUUGAAUGGCUACAAUCUCUCUGAUUACCCCUUUUAUGAAGCUGUGCCUCCACCAGAGAUGAUAGACUUCAAGUGUGAUGGGUUGCAUGAUGGGUUCUACGCAUCUGUUCCUCAUAAAUGUCAAGUAUACCACCACUGCCUCUUCGGCACACGGUACGACUUCCUAUGCGCAAAUUACACGGCGUUCGACCAGAAGACCUUCAUCUGCCAGUUUGUUUCUGAAGUGGAUUGUAAGAACUCUCCUAAUUACUACAACAGGAACGAAGCUCUCUACAAAGCCGCAACGACGACGACGCUCCCUCCCCCCACCACUACAACUACCACUACCACCCCCCGCCCUCGGCCGCGCCCCCGCCGCCCCCACAGAUAUGACUACUAUGAUGAUGAUUACUACCUCCCGGCGAGGGACGACUACGAUUAUGAGGAGAGAGGCGGCAGAAGACCGAGACCCAGACCUCGGCCCCAAGGCAGGCCAGGAGGCAGGAAGCGUAGACCCAUGGAUGACUACGAGGAUGACAGAUAUGAACGUCGUCCACGUCCGAGAGACGAGCAACCUGAAGACGACUACGAUGACAGAAGGCCCUACGACAGGCCCAAUAGGCCAGCCAAGAGACCUUACAACGACAGGCGACCAUAUGAUGACGAAGAAGAUAGACCCGGCUAUAGAGCUGGAUACAGAAGACCCAGACCUAGAGAUGAAGAAGAUGAUAGGUACAGAGAAGAUGACAGGCCAAGGAAUAGGCCGAAUGAAAAACGACCCCGUGAUGACAUGAGGAACCGUGACGAUCCUGACCGAGAUGAUAUUAAAAAUGAAAGAACUAGAGAUGAUAAACCUAGGGAAGGAUACAGAUCCCGGGACGAAGCGAAACCACGUGACGAAAUAAGGCCUAGAGAUGAAAUUAGACCUAGAGAUGAAAUAAAGCCCAGAGAUGAAAUUAGGCCUCGAGAUGAGAUUCGGCCACGUGAUGAGAUUAGACCCAGAGAUGAAAAAAGACCACGCGAUGAUAUAAGACCACGAGAUGAUAUAAGACCAAGGGAUGAAGCUAAACUCAAAGACGAAGGAAGAACUCGUGAUGAAAUAAGGCCGCGCGAUGAACGAAGACCACCCAGAGAUGAAGGAAAACCUUCAAGGCCUUAUUCUACUGAAGGCCGAAGGUUCAAAGGAGAGAGGGGCAGAGAUGAAAGGCCUUACAGUAAACCAGAAACAAGGCCAGAGAGAAAUUACGAUGAAGAGAGAGUUCGUGAAGAACGACGACAGCCACCAACUGCUCCUGAAGGGCAAGCGUUAGUGAAACCUAAUGGCCACGGUAUAUUCAGUCAGCCGAGAAUGCCGCCUAAGAUCAAACGGCCGGUUCCAGCUAACGAGAAAAAUAAGUACGAAUAUGUCACAAUAACGACCACAAAAGCGCCGCCGAGAGCUGAUGACGAUGAAUAUUAUGAUGAUUAUGAAGAAGAAGAUACCAGAAGACCAUCGUCGUCUGGAAAGAACAGCCAAGUUCAGCAAAGGCCAAAACCUGAGCCUGUAGAAAAAGAAAAAUUUAAGCCUUCAAGGCCACAUUAUUCUAGUCCAGCGCCUAAAGUUAAGAAAAACAAAAGGCCGAUAGAUUACGAAGAUGAAGAUUACUAUUAUGAGCCACCUGUAAAAUCGCAGAAGUACACUUAUAAUCAAAGGAAUAAAGAAACUCCUAAAGUUAAAGUGACUGAAGAAUAUUACGAUGAUUACGAAGACAGGCGAGGCAGAGAUAGAGACCACGUAAAGUCAAAGGACGAGGACAUUACUAGUAGGAUCAAAGAUCUGAAACCUAAUGUGAAAGUACUUAAGCGUCCUUUUUUACCGUCUAGGGGUGGUAGUCCCUACUUGCCUAGGGGCUUGCAACCAGUUGCUGGUAAAGACUUAACUGCGCCCCCGAAUACCACCCCCAAACCCACCACCACUUCUACUAGCACCACUACCACUACUACCACGACCACUACCACCCCUAAACCCACUACUACUAGUACUACCACUACUACAACUAGACCCACUACCACAACAACAACGACAACAACAACAACGACAACUCCUGCACCCACCACAACCACAACAGAAGAACCAACUACAACAAUCACAACAGGAAAACCAACAACAACCGAAUUAGCAGACGAUGAAUAUGAUGACGAAACCGAAGAGUACUAUGAUGAAGAAGAUAUAGAUUACACCAAGAAAGAAACCACGACAGAAGAACAAACUACGCCCCAACCAACAACACGCAAACCUAAAACAACAUACCGACCAAUAACAACCCAAAAACCAGUAACUACUCACAGACCAACAACAACAACUGCUGAACUAACAACUAAAGAUCAAGCCAAAAACUUAGCCGCAAAAGUACUACGGAUAUACAACGAUCAAUACCAUGCGAUCAAAGAAAAAUUGGAAACUACUUUAUCACCUGGAGAUUAUUUGAAACCUUAUUUAGCGGCAGAACAAGCGGCUGCAGAAGAAGAAAGAAGACUAGAACUGGAUGAUUUCGAUUACAAACCAACACAAGCCCCGUUCAGACCAUCUCCUGAAUUGCCAGAAGUUAAUCCAGAAAUCUCAAAGCCUUACACAGCGACUGGCAAGCCUUUAAGGAUACCAGACAUAUCUAUUAAACAGAAUCUAGCUGAUUCUAUUGAAAAUGAUUAUGACGUGAGACUUAACGAAGCUAUAACACCCGUGCUUCCAAAUGUAAAUAUUAGAAAUAAUAUCCCAAGUGGAUUCAUAGUUCCGGCAGAUAGAGACUACACUUUCUCUAGGUUUAGAAGCAAUUUCCACCAAGAACCACAAUUUGCUGCUUCCGAAUUAAACACUUAUCAGGUUAGGAAAAGGCCGCAGAUUCAAGUUAGUAUAAGAACACCAUCAUCUUAUUAUCUACAGCCACAGAGGUACCAAGAUAUACAAAGGCCUCAAAGGCAUCUAGCUUAUGAGACGAGACCUCAACCAGGCGUUUACCAGGCGCCUCAGUUUAAACUGUUUUGAACCAUUUGCCAGUCCGAAUGGCAUCAUAUGUAAUUCAAAAUGACCUUAAUCCGCAAGUAGUUAAAAAUUGUUGGGUGGAUCAAUUCUUUUGUCUUAUUUCUACUUUUACGGAAAGUACAAUGGAGACUAUACAGCUUUGUUAAAUAAAAUACCAGAGUAUUAAGAGUUGACCAUUAAAGAAAAGAAGUGGCAAAAAAUUGAUUUAUCCAAAACAUAUUGUGGGCUAAAUUUGAACGUCCUAUUGUGAUGGGGUAACCUUUGAAAGAUUGAUUAAAAAAACCUGUAGUUUGUACUAUUUUUUUACAAAAAUCAAUACACGCUGCAGGUUUUAGUUUUUUGGUUUUUUAGUCAUUUCUAGUUUAUUUUAUAUCACUGCCAAUUUUAUAACAUUUAGUUUUAAAGGUAGGUAAGUAACUUGAUUUACUUGUCGUUGAUCAAAUAUUUGAAGAAAACUGAGGGAAUGAAAAUAGCUGGCUCCCAAUCAUUUAAUUUUUUGUAUUUGCUUAUAUUUUAAGUCACUGAAGUCAGAAGAGAAAUUACU